CCGAGAGCGUCGUCUGCACUCCAAUCCGAUACAUCACAACACUCACAGUCGUUGCAGCAAUGUCCGCCAACAACCGCGAGCUCAUCGAUACAUUCUACCAGCACUUCCAAGACGCCCGCGCCGGUCUGCCCCCGCCCUUCUCCUCCCGCACUGCACUCUGAACGUCCAAUGCACAUGCACCCGCAACAGCCCUCGCCUCCCAAAUCGAAGCCGCCAAAUCCUCCCCGCCCAGCACAGAUGCACUCCAAGCCCUCGCGCUGGGCCUCGCGAAACUGCGCAAAGAGCUGACGGACGCGACGGCCUACCUGCCCGCGUACGACCAGCGGCAGUGCGAACUGCAACUGAAGGCGCUGGAGGACGGGGUGGAGGGGAUGCGCGCGCCGAAGGCGAAGUUCGCGUUCAAGCGGAAGGGCGCUGCUGCUCCCAGGACUGCUACCCCUACUCCUGCACCCGCGCCGCCUAGUGCCCCCGCCACGGUUCCGGCAGAGAGCGCAAGCGGCUUGGCGUUCUCGUCCAAAUCGCAUGCGUAUCUCACGCUGGACUCGCUCUCGACGGACUCUGACGCGACGGAGCUCGCCAUCGCGGACCUCGACCACUGCCUCGUCAACCUCGUCCCCCCAACCCGGACGUUCUCCGCCAUCCACGUCCGGAACGUGACUAACAGCGUGCUCAUACUCGGCAACGUGACGGGCAGCGUGCUCCUGCACGAUGUGCAGCGGUGCAUACUCGUGUUGCGGUGUCACCAGUUCCGCAUGCACACGAGCAAGGAGACGGACGUGUACCUCUCCAUCCCGUCCAACCCCAUCAUCGAGCACUCCUCGCGCAUCCGCUUCUCGGCCUACCCCGAUUCCCUUGACCUCUCCGAGACCCAGAGCAACAGCAAGCACCUCGCAGUCCAGGACUUCUCGCACGUGCGGCCGACGCCGUCGCCCAACUGGUCCGCGCUGCCCGCGGACAAGGCGAUCAAAGAAUGGCCGGUGGAGGUGGGGGACACGUCAGUGGAUGAGGUGGUGGAGCGGUUGUUGGUGUCGCUGCAGUGAUUCGAUUGCAAUAUGCGAGAGGAUUUGGUGUAUCUGGAUGGAUACGGAAGUGCUAUGUAGUCUUGGUUUUCUCUGGCAGUUCACCGUGUACAGUCGUCUGGCAGAGAUAAUUAGAAUGAAAAGUAAUUGUUUAUCGCUACG